CUCUCCUGCACUGACCGAGACCGUUGCAUCACCCCCCGCUGUCCUUCUUGAACCACACAAAACGAAACCAUGUCGAACAAGGGUGCUUACAGUGCCAUCGAAAUUGACGAUGAUGAGCUUCAAUUUCAGAGCUUUGCCUCGUCGUCCAAUUCACCGAGCGCAUCUGGCAAUAUCUCGUCCUCGUCCAACAACACGCCGCAAACAAGGCCAGCAGGAUUUGGAUCAGCGGGCGUGUUUGAUCCGCACAGAGAAAUUCAAGGCCAGACUCUCAGCAAACCCAUUUGGUCAGUUCAGUAUUACUCCAAAUUCUUUGAUGUCGAUACAGCUCAGGUGAUGGAGAGAUGUAUGGCGAGCAUCAUCCCCAAGGGCAAAUUCCUGGAUGUGAUGGAGGGGGGUCCCGACUUGUAUGGUCCCUUCUGGAUCGCGACAACGGUCAUCUUUGUCCUCUUCGUGACCUCCUCCAUCGCCGAGUCUAUCAGCGCCCACAUGUCAUCUACGCCCUACAGCUACGACUUUCGCCAGUUGACCUUCGCCUUUGGUACGAUCUACAUGUAUGCUUUCCUGGUGCCCGCUAUGAUCUGGGGUGCCACCAAAUACUUUGGCUGCCAACCCGACUUGCUUGAGAUGCUUGCAUUGUACGGUUAUGGCCUCACGGUGUGGAUCCCCGUCGCGGUUCUGAGCAUCUUCCCCUGGAACUUGCUUCGCUGGGCUCUGGUCUUGGCCGGCGCAGGCAUAUCUGGCUUAUUCUUGGUCAGGAACUUGUAUCCCGUCUUGUCGAGGGCUGAGGCGCACACAAGCAAAGUCAUCUUGAUCCUGGUCAUCGGUUUGCAUGCCAUCCUGGCCUUGCUCCUGAAGUACAAGUUCUUUGCGUAUAACGUCACCGUGCCCGGGAAUACUGCCCCUGUGGAUCCCCCUUCCUCCUGAAUAACAGAGUAGAAACAAGUAUCACAAUAAGAUACUCAAUCAAAUGAACAGAUUUUACUAUUCUCAUUGUA